AUGGGCUCGCUCUUGGUGCGGCUCAACUGCUGGCCGUGUCCGCUGGGCCAUGACGAGACAGGUUUCACGUAUCGGUACCGCACGAGCCCGUUUGAACAUGUGGAGGGCGGCGCGGCAAUGGAUGGCUCCGGCGACUCGACCGUAGCAGCAGCGCACGUUUGGGGGGCGGCCCUCAAAACGUACCCACAAGACAAGCCGCUCCUGGGCCUGACAGUCAUCAGCGACGUGGGCAGCGUCGAGACGGCCGAGAGAGUGGUUGCUCCGUUGAAGCGGGCCGUUCUGCCUGCAUCACGAUUGAGGGAGUGCACCAUCCGACUUGGCCGGCGGCGACGGGAUUUUGAUCUCAGGGCAGUAGCCCAGCAAGCCAUCCUGGCUCUCACGACGGGUGCCGAUACGAGAACGACUGCCACGGACACCACGGACACCACGGACGCGACAGCCACACAGAAAACGGAAUCCAGACACAUCUUCCCAUUCUACCGCCUACCUGCCGAGCUCCGCAUCAAGAUCCUCCAGUACACCGAUCUCGGCCGUGUCGGAGAGGUGACGUUCCGCGACCGCCGCCCGCUGUUCCGCAGCACAAUCGUCCUCGGCGCCCCCUGCUGCAACAACUGCACGGCCGUGCGCAUGGAGUGCUGCUGUCCGCGCUACUAUGCGUCCGUGUCGACGCACUGCACGUGUGUCAUCCUGCCCGUCGAGCUCUUCCUGGUUUGCCGCCAAAUGUACCGCGAAGCCGCCCACGACGUCUUGUAUGCCAAGACCGCCUUUGCCUACGAGAGCGACACGUUUGCCAUGACCUUGGAAGCGCUCGGGAGAGCAGUUUUCCUGCGUGUGGUGUCCUCCGGGGCGUGGACCUACGACCCCCGCCGCGGCGACACUGCAUGGGCACCGCUCAUCGCCUUCAUCCGCGACAACAUGGACCUCCCGCGCCUCACGCUCCACCUCGACGUGCGCGACUGCAUCUGGGACCGGUACGAGUUUUAUGUGCUGAGCGAGGAGGAGGACUAA